AAGUGCGAGACGGCUGCAAAAGGUCAGGAGCCUCGAAGUGAAAAUUAACCGGUGUAAUAAGAAAAUUGUGUUCCGGGUUUUACUUGUAAGACGUGUUGUAAGUGGCUGACUUUUGCUGUUUUUGUUUAUAUUUAACAGACACGGGUUUUAAAUGUGGAGUAAUUUUACCAGCACCUUUUCGGUUUACCAAUCUUGAGUACUCCGACGUUCUAACGUCUUAGCCUAUAAAUUAGACAUCUCUGUGUUUAUAUUGCUUUAUAUAUAUAUAUAUACACACACACACGAGCCUACGUUUCUCUAGAUACAUACUUAUUCUAUCUUGGUCUAAACCACCCACACGAUCUCAGUUCUUUAAAUUAACUCGUCCACUUAGAUGGCGGGAGAAAUUGAAAAAUCAGUUGAGUUUCUUGAAGCUCUGUUCCAGAAAAGUGAAUCUGAUUUGAAUCAUAUCGAGAGAAAACUGGAAUUUGAGUUCCAAGAUGGACUUUCUAAGGAAGAAAACCCAGUUAGAUUAAUGAAGAAAGUGGCUGCAAUUAAGAAAGAAUUUCUUGAAGUUGUAGAAGAAACCAAAAAGUUACAAGAUGCCCAGAAGGAGAUUACCGAUAAUUUCCGUGAACAGUUGUCUGUUUUGAUGCAGCUGAGAGAACAUAUAGACUGCAAGAUCAGUAAUCCAAAAAGAGAGCCAUCUGUUGAAGUUCAGGCUUUGGAACAGCUUCUCGGUUUACCAAUUUGUGCCCAAGUCACUAAAUCUGAACCAGACCCGGUCAACACCAUCGAAGAAUCUCCACCAGAAUGCGAAACUGAACUGAAACCAGCCAAGAAACCUAAGAAAAACCCACCAAAGACUGCCACUACUGAAGUAGAUAUGAAAGAAUUCCUUACAGGUGUUGAAGAAACUAAUCUAUCCCCAGCUUCCAAACGAAAGGACACUGAUGAAUUCAUUCCUUUGACGGUAGAGGAAUUUGAGAAAGUUUCAACUUUAGUUCGAAGAAACAUCAAAUUGGGAGACGUAAAUGCUUGUUACCAUGCGCUUUGGCAGCAUUUCAAAGUGGAGAAAAACACUCAAGCCCUGUCACCGAAGGACAUGUAUAAUAUGGGAAUGCGAGUCAGUGGAGCGUCAGGUGAAGCCAAACUGAAGAUUCUCCGAGCACUCAAGUUGCUGCACCUCUCUGCAAAAGGACACGCCAAACUUCUUUGAUUCCUUAACAGUCAUAGACAGGCUGUAGAUAUAAUCUGGAACAAGGAACCACCUAAACCUUUAACACAAUGGAAACUUGAAAAAGUCUUCUCAUACACACACUGGACCAGAAACUGAGAUUCAACAUGGGACCUUAGCUACAAAACCUUACAAAGCUGGUUCAUCUCCUUUCUUUUCUUAUUUAAAUUUAAUUUCCAUUUUAGGGUUGUACGUUGACAACUUUUUAACACAGUUUCUUCUUAUUAGUCUGUGAAAUUCGCCAGUAUAAUCCGGGUUGGCCCUCGAAGCUUUCACAAAUUCGUCAAAUAUUUGAAGUUGUCUUGUAAGUCAGUAUUUUUAUUUUAUUUAGUUGUUUAGGUAUUUAUUUUUGCAAAUUUCAGUUGUGAAUCUACUAAUAUAUAUAUAUAUAUAUAUAUAUAUAUAUAUAUAUACCAGUUACUCAUAGGCUUUUUCGUUUUGACAUCACACACUCAGAUUUAUCUAAUUCUGCAAGCCCCAUUCCCAAAGAGAUUGUUGCAAACUUUGGUCUUGUAUAUAUACCUAUACCAUUUAUAAAUUAUGACUACGAUUCAUAUUUGUACCCAAAAAAAAAAAGACAUCCGCUUCCAUGCUGGGAUAUUUGGUCAAGUGCUUUUCAAUCGAUUAAAUGUUCUUUUGAACAGAAUCUGAGACUCCACGGCAACAAGAACUCAAUGAAUGGUACGAGCAAUGACGACGAAGAUGUAUUUGAACAGUAAGCUAAAUAUUAGGUUGGUGCAUAAGUAUUGCGGCCAUUUUUUUUCAACAAAAACAAUAACAUGUAACAACAACAUCUUUAAAUGAUUAUUCUGGAGCAUAUUCACCAUCUACUUCAAUUACUGCUUCCCAUUUGCUUGGCAGACGGUCAGACCGUCAUUUAAAGACAUUUUUAUUAAAUAUUAUUUUUUUGUUGAAAAAAAAACUGCAAUAAUUAUGCACCAACCCAAUAUUUAGAGAAAAACAAAACUUGUUUCUUGUAAUAUACAAACUAGAUCUUGUUGAUUAUUUUAUAAAGAUUAAUAAUGUUGAUAGAU